AUGCCCGCCGAGCUGCUAUACGGCGAUCUGGACGACCGCCAGCCGCGCUGGAAGCACGCCUCGACGAUACAUAAUUCCCUAACCGUCCUCCAGUAUGCCUACCCGCUGCUCAUGCUGGGCUUCUUUCUGGUCGCCUUUACUCUCCGCAGCAUCGCCUCUUCGAAAAUCAAUUCCAACAUCGCCAAACCCACCACAACCGGUCCUGGAGGCAAGCCGCUGCCCGCAACCGACCCCACCCGCAACUUCGUCAAGAAGACGGUCCUCGACGACGUGACGCAGACUCAGAAGCGAGUCUUCGAAUGGGUCUCGCUGGCUGCUGCGCUGACCUUUUUUGGGAAUUCGGUGCUUGUGAUUGCCCAGGCACUGGCAAAGCAGAGCGAGCACUGGUGGUGUGGCCAGUCUGUAGUGAUCUACCUUGUGGGCUCUUUCUUCGUCUACAGCCUGUUCCUGAUCUCUCUGCUCGACUCGAAGCCCUCGCCGACCGCCGCUCACCUCUCGACAUGGCUCGUCGGUCUGGUUCUGGAGAUUGUCCUCGUCGCUGGCUCGCUGGCUCUCUACACCCACGCCCAUUACCAACCGACCAUAGGCAACCCCGAGAACCCCAAGCUGCGGUUCUUCAUGACCGAAUGGGAGGCAGCCGAAGUCGCUAUUGAUCUGCUGCGCAUCGUCCUCUUGCUCGCUCUCAUUGGGUUUUACCUUGUAUUCGUCGUCUUGCCACAGCUGAAGAGGGCGCAGGAGCAGGGAAGCCCUGGCGAAAGCACCUCGCUCUUGGGGAAUGGCGCCGAGCGUGCAGAAACCGGUCACGCGAACGGAGUGAACGGAAACGGGUCAUAUGGCUCAGUUCACCCGGUCGGUGGCAAACACCAGCACACCGAGGGCGCACCGCCUGCCUGGAGCAGACCGACUGGUGCACCGACUCGCAGCUGGUGGGAGUAUAUCAAGGGCUACGGCGUCUUCUUCCCGUACCUCUGGCCCGCAAAGGACCGCAGACUACAGAUCAUGGUGGUCAUCUGUUUUGUGCUGGUUAUGGCACAGCGUGUCAUCAACUUGCUCGUCCCUGAUCAGCUGGGUCGCAUUGUGGACCGCCUCGAGCACAAUUCCGCGGGAAGUCCUUGGACCGCCAUCUGCCUCUUCAUCGCUUUCCGUUUCCUCCAAGGAACCAAUGGUGUGCUCGGUGCCGCACGAUCGGCGCUUUGGAUUCCCGUGUCACAGUACUCGUACCGCGAAUUGUCAGUUGCGGCAUUUGAGCACGUGCACAGUCUUAGUCUGGAUUUCCACCUCGGCAAGAAGACGGGUGAGGUACUCUCGGCGCUUGGAAAGGGAAGUUCUAUCAACACUUUCCUUGAGCAGGUGACGUUCUCAGUAGUGCCCAUGUUGUUGGAUUUGGGCGCUGCUAUUGGCUACUUCCUGGUCAAGUACGAUGCAUACUAUGCGCUAGUGAUUGCCAUUGUGACUUUUUGGUACAUCUACUUGACGAUUCGGAUGGCGCAGUGGCGCGCAGAAGUCCGCCGUGAGAUGGUUAACGCUGACCGUGAAGAAGACGCUGUCAAGAACGACUCCAUGGUCUCGUAUGAGACAGUCAAGUACUUCAACGCUGAAGCUUACGAAUUUAAGCGAUACCGCGAUGCCGUCAAGAAGUAUCAGGACGCCGAGUGGAAAGUGCUCUUAUCGCUGAACAUCAUGAACAUCACGCAAAACAUGGUCUUCAUGGUGGGCCUGUUGGUGACUUGUUUCAUUGCAGCAUACCAGGUCACCACCGGCCAACUCUCUGGCGGAAAGUUCGUUACGCUGAUCACAUUUAUGGGCCAGCUCCAGAGUCCGCUCAACUUCUUCGGCACUUUCUACAGGAUGAUUCAGUCUGCGAUGAUCAACUCCGAACGCAUGCUCGAGCUUUUCAAGGAGACAGCGACAGUUGUUGACAAGGAAGGUGCAAGCGAUUUGCCUUUGUGCAACGGUGAUCUGAAGUUCAAGGACGUGCACUUUUCUUACGACAACCGCAAGGCCGCGUUGACCGGCCUAGACUUCCACUGCGCGCCAGGCACCACAACUGCGUUUGUCGGGGAAUCUGGUGGUGGAAAAUCUACCGUCUUCCGCCUGCUCUACCGAUUCUACAACACCGAAUCUGGAAGCAUCGAGGUCGACGGCAACAACGUCACUGAUCUCACCAUUGAUGCAGUACGCAGCCACAUCGGCGUUGUUCCUCAGGACACCGUGCUUUUCAACGAAACUCUCAUGUACAACCUGAAGUACGCCAACCCCUCCGCGACUGAUGAGCAGGUCUAUGAAGCCUGCAGGGCCGCUAGCAUUCAUGACAAGAUCCUCACCUUCCCGGACAAGUACGAAACCAAGGUCGGAGAACGUGGACUGCGUCUAUCUGGGGGCGAGAAGCAGCGUGUCGCCAUUGCUCGCACGAUUCUGAAGAACCCAAGGAUCAUCAUGCUGGACGAGGCCACUGCCGCACUUGACACGGAAACUGAGCAGCACAUCCAGGAGGCUUUCGCGACCCUGGCACAUGGACGCACUAUGCUCAUCAUUGCCCAUCGACUCAGUACCAUCACUCACGCCGAUCAAAUUCUUGUGCUGAACAAGGGCAAGGUACAAGAGCGGGGAACCCACGAGGAGCUUCUAGAACGUAAUGGCCACUACGCUUCCAUGUGGAAGAAGCAGAUCAGAGCACAGCGAGCGGCCGAGCAGGCCAAGUUUCUGAAGGACAAGGCCGAACGUCUCCGCCGACAGUCCAAGGAUGCCUCGAUUGACAACGAUGGCAGCAGCAGUCAUUCUAGCUCUGAGGAUGAGAGAGCAAAGACGCAACGCACCAACCAGCUGUCCGGUUCUUACCGUGGUGAAGCUCCCUCAAAACCACACGGACACCCCUAG